CCCAUAUUUUCCGGUCCCCCAGCCUGACUGUUUCAAAUCGCCCAUUCUCUCCUCAUCGAAUGAAUCGAAAUAGUAUCCAGCUGUGAGGAUCUAGUCUAUCCGGCUUCAUAAACACACACCACGAAUAGCGGGGCUUUGGUCGAAGUGAGACCGGUUAUCUGUUCAUCAGAGUCAGGCUCUCAUAGAGCCCGGAAUCGGAGAGUGAAUGAGGUUGAUGGUGCUCUGUUGUGACUGGAAGGACGAACGUAUGGGAGAGGAGGAAGCUGGCAGAAGCUUGCCCGUGUGUGCGGGAUGCAGACAGCGGAUCUAUGAUGAACAGUAUCUCCAGGCACUCAACACUGACUGGCACACAGUUUGCUUCAGAUGCUGUGAGUGCAGUGCCUCCCUGUCCCACUGGUACUAUGAGAAGGAGGGCCGGCUCUUCUGCAAGAAGGAUUACUGGGCCAAGUUCGGAGAGCUGUGCCAUGGAUGCAAUGACCCCAUCACCACCGGACUGAUUAUGGUCGCAGGGGAACAGAAGUACCACCCAGAAUGCUUCACCUGUCUGAACUGCAGAGCCUUCAUCGGAGAUGGAGACACCUACGCACUGGUGGAGAGGUCCAAACUAUACUGUGGCCUCUGUUACUACCGGACUAUCGUGACGCCGGUGUCCCUGCCAGACUCACCAUGCGCCAGGAUUCCCCACACGGUGACCCUGGUGUCCAUCCCAGCCUCCACAGACGGGCGGAGAGGGAUCUCAGUCGCCAUCAACCAGCCUGUCAGCCCCAAUGGCUACGGCCCCGAACGCACUGUCAGGGUAUCACAGGUGGACUCUGAGUUGAUCAGUCCAGAUGUGAAGAACUCCAUACAUGUCGGAGACCGGAUCCUGGAGAUCAACGGAACACCCAUCAGGAAUGUUCCUCUCGAUGAGAUUGACCUGCUCAUCCAGGAGACCAGUCGUCUGCUCCAGCUGACCAUAGAGCACGACCCCCACGACCAGGGGGGUUUAGAGGGUGAGACAGUGGGCGGACCCCUGACCACCCCCCUGUCUGACGGUCCAAGCCCCAUCCUCCCCAUCACUCAGCCCCCACACCCAGAUAUCAACAACCUGCGCUCACGGAUGAUCACACGGAGCUACAGUAUUGAUAAGUCUCCGUGCUCCAGUAACGCAGCAUCCCCUCUCUCUCAGAGGAAGGACUUUAACCGCUCCGAGUCACUGCGGGUCGUCUCCAACAGUCGAAUGCACCGGAUCUUCCGGCCUUCAGACCUCAUCCAUGGAGAGGUGCUGGGAAAAGGCUGCUUUGGACAGGCCAUCAAGGUGACCCACAGAGAGACAGGGGAGGUGAUGGUGAUGAAGGAGCUGAUUCGUUUUGAUGACGAGACACAGAGGACAUUCCUAAAAGAGGUGAAGGUGAUGCGUUGUCUGGAGCACCCCAACGUGCUGAAGUUCAUCGGUGUCCUUUACAAAGAUAAGAGACUCAACUUCAUCGCAGAGUACAUCAAAGGAGGAACCCUGAGGGAGACAAUCAAGAAAAUGGACACCAACUACCCAUGGAACCAGAGAGUGAGCUUUGCUAAAGACAUCGCUGCAGGAAUGUCAUAUCUGCAUUCCGUGAACAUAAUCCACCGCGACCUGAACUCAUACAACUGUCUUGUCAGAGAGAAUAACAGUGUGGUGGUGGCAGACUUUGGGCUGGCUCGGCUGAUGGUGGAAGACAAGAUCCAGGACAAGAGUCUCCUGCAGAAGAAACCUGACCGCAGGAAGAGAUACACUGUAGUGGGCAACCCCUACUGGAUGGCCCCGGAGAUGAUCCACGGGAAAAGCUAUGAUGAAAAGGUGGACAUCUUUUCCUUCGGGAUCAUGCUUUGUGAGAUCAUCGGUAGGGUGAAUGCAGACCCAGACUACUUGCCCAGGGCCCAUGACUUUGGGCUGAAUGUGACAGGCUUCUUAGAGCACUUCUGUCCUCCAGACUGUCCCCCAGCCUUCUUCCCUAUGGCUGCCCUCUGCUGUGACCUGGAUGCUGAGAAACGCCCCGCCUUCACCAAGAUGGAGGGGUGGCUGGAGAACCUGAAGAUGCACCUGGAGAUCCGCCUGCCGGUGGUGUCCGAGCUCGACACGCUACACAAAGCGUUUUGGGGAAACCACACCGCCCCCACCAUGGCUUGCACCGCCAUGCGGUCCGAGAACGGCCUGCCCCCACACCCCGAGACUCCGGAGUAGAUGGGAUCUGUAACAGAGUGGAAUGCUGCUGGUCUCAGCCCAUGAGAGAGGGGGUUAUGGUGGUCAUUGAGGAGGGUAGUAGAGCCUCUGGCAAUGGAGUACUUGCAUUGCAUUGUCCAGGGAGGGGGGAGGCAGGAGCUCUGUAUGUACCUCCUCAUGUCACAGUGGUCAUAUAGGCUAACAGUGAGCUGUCAAUGGGCUGUAUAGACUCAGGGGGAACCGAGGAAGGGAAAAGCCAGCCUUGCCUAAAGGCACUCACUCAUUCAACUCCAACCAAGAGAGACUCACUCAGACUACCAUUACCACUAUCAUAGCUUCAGUCUCAUGAUUGCUGUACCUUAGCUGAAUGUCAGGCUGGCAACUGCUAGCUAGCAGUAUCAGUCAAUCCCAUCUGUAAAAACAUCCAUCUUAACACUCAUGUCAUCUUUAUCUUAUUGAGAUGGUGUUCAAGCAUUUUCAGAUGUCACUUUAAAAAAAAAAAAAGAUGCUUCAGCCUCAUUGGUAGGGGUCCCUCCUCCAGAGUGUUUGUACAAUAUCAUGUGUUUGAAAAGUAUUCCUCUGUGACUUUGGUUUGAUUUAAUUUGAUAAUAUCAAAACCACUUUUUGAAAUGCUAAAGGAGGGGCCUUUUAUGUGGAUAAUACGAAACACAUAAGUUGAGACGCACACACACAAUCCAGAUGUACAAUAUAAUAGAGCAAAUGCUUUUGAGCAUAAACAAAAAGCUUUUUAAACACUGCAUGACUGUAAAUAGCCCUGUCUGUGUCCAGUAAGCCUUGUCUGUUGUCUCCUCCUCUCCCCCUCUACUGGUGACAGUUGUGUCACAAAUGGUAUCCUGUUCCCUUUAUAGUGCACUGCUUAAGACCAGUUGCUAAAGCGUAUUACCAAAGUAGUGCACUAUAGGGUGCCAUUUGGGAUGCAUUCUUAAAGUGAUGCCCCUGGUAGUGUAGAACAUGUGGUCCAUGAAUGACUAUUCCUUCUCUCAUUUUGCAGCACUGACUUGACUUUGAGGUAAACUUCUUUCACACCUUUGAUACAUUUUUCCAUUUCAUAUGUUUAUUACUCUCUCUUUCCUUCUCAUUCACGUCGAGGUGAAAUCUUAUGUAUUCAAACUCAACCCACCCAAUGUAUAUAGCCGGUGAUAAUAUCAUAUUGUAAAUGUUUUAAAUAUUGUAAAUGUACAGACAUAUUUUGUAUACUUAUAAUGUAUGCUACAUUGCCAUAUUUUUAUUGGGCUACCUGUUGAAAUGAAGGAGAAUAAGAAAAGUUAGGCAGUGGUAGCUGAUAUGGAGCUGAUGACUUCCUGUCUUGGGUUGCCAUAGUGCCAGACAGUGGUAUGGGGCUUUUAGGAAGUUAAUGCGAAGUAAGAGAGCAUCUUAGGGUCCUAGCUCACUCCUACCGACCAUCACUGUAAGUGUAAGCACUCUCACAAGAUGUGUCCCAUUUACUCCCGUCGUCUCCUCUCUGCAUAUCAAGUUAUUUUGUUUACAGCAGCCUUUGAUCUGGUCUAGACUCCAGAGAGUGCCCUGACUAUGACCUUGGAUAUAACUACUCUGUGGGUAUCGCCUCAAUUGAAUGCAACCAUAACAAGAGAAUCAACACAGAGUCACUAAAUUAAGGUUAUGUAGUUUGGCAUUAUAUGCCAAGCCACAUUUACCGUUUAUUCCUCUCAAAAGAAAUUGAGGAUCAUUUGUUAGUUGUUACUAUAGAGUUCUUUAGUCAUCCAUAGCAGGGUGGAUGUGUUGUGGAAGUUAGAGACAGCCAGAGAGUCACAUCAUAGUGUCUCUCUGACCACAAGCCUCUCUGUCCUACAGUACAUGGAGACAAACUUAGUCAGAACACAAGUCUCCUCUACAUGGAAUUCCCUAUGGGAGGCCCUCUGUUUACACACAAACUGCUGGCUGUAAUUAAUAUCUAUAUUGUAUGUCUGUUGUUAUGCCUCUCAUACUACACUCUCUUGAAAAUAAUCUCUCACUGUAUGUGAAUCUUUCUCUUGAACACAUUGUCACUCUCAUUCUCUCACGUGUGUUCUUUUUCCAUCAAACAUGUUCUCUAUUCCCUCUUUUCCACUUGAAGAUGAGCUGCAUGGUGUACUUGCUAUUGCGAUCACUUCUGCUGUAUAACCAGGCUAUUAUUUUCAUUUUAAAGCUAAAAUUGUGAUUAAAA